AUGUGUGAUUGGAAACACAUUUAUCAAAGGAUUUCUGAACAUGAAAAUAGUAAGGUGCAUAACCAAUGUUGUGAAGCUUAUUUUAUGCAUAGCCAAAAGAGAGAUGUUGGUUCUUUAUUAAUGGAAAAUCAGAUGCAUCAACUAAGAGAAGAAGUAAAAAAAAAUAGACAAGUUCUUGAAAGAAUUAUUGAAGUAUGUAAGGUAAUAGGAAAGCGUGGCUUAAGUGUCCGUGGAAAACGAAAUGAAGCGGCAUACUUUCUUAAAGAUCCAACACUGGAUCAUGGAACAUUUUUAGAAAUGAUUAUACUCAUAAGCAAAUAUGAUGCUGUAUUAAAUGAACACAUCAAUAAUAUUAUAAACAAAAGUGAAAAAAUGCAUUUGCAAGGUUCUAAAGGUAGAGGAAAUUUUGUAUCGCUUCUAAGUCAUUAUUCAAUUAGCAAUGUAAUAUCAACAAUUUCUUCAAUAAUCAAGCAAACAAUAUCUAGUCAAAUUAGUAAAGCCCAAAUGUUUUCGGUCUUGAUUGAUACAACACAAGAUAUCACUGUAAUGGAUCAGUGUUCAAUUGUCUUAAGGUAUGUUACCAAUGGGACAAUAAAUGAAAAAUUAAUUGCAGUGAAGUGCUGUUCUGAUUCCACUGGUAAAGGAAUGAUGGAAUUAUUGCAAAGUGCCUUAGAAGAAGUCAAAGUUGACCCAGAAAAAUGCAUUGGUAAUGCUACAGAUGGAGCAGCUAACAUGCAAGGUGUUUAUAAUGGCUUUACUGCAUGGUUGAGCAAAGUCGCUCCUGAACAGAUACAUGUAUGGUGUUUCAGCCAUGUAUUAAAUUUAGUAAUUACCGAUGCCACUAAGAAUCCAGUUCGUGUGGCUAAUUUCUUUUCUUUGAUCAAUGCAUGUUCAGUGUUUUUCAAAGAAUCGUAUCAACGAAUGAACAUAUGGAGAGAUAUUAGCGAAAAUGAACAUGAAAACAUACGUCACAAACGGUUGCAAUCUAUUUCAGACACAAGGUGGACUGCUAAACAAACAGCUGUAAAUAGAAUUUUUGGAAGUUAUGGUAAAUUUGACAAUGUCAUGUAUCCAGAUUUAAUUAUUGCACUUUCUAAAAUUUCCAAAAAUGAAUCGUUUAAACCUGAUAUUCGAUCAAAAGCAAGUAACUUAUUAACUCCAUUAUUAAAGUAUGAAACUAUCUUAAUCGCGCAUCUGUAUAUGAAUAUAUUUUCAAUAACAGGGCCUUUAUCUAGAUAUUUGCAGACAUCUGGAUUAGAUUUACAUAAAUGUGUUCAAAUGGUGAAGGGAUCAUUAAACGAGCUUAAAAAGAUUCAGAGAAAUAUGAACAACACAAUGCAAGUUAGCGAAGAGUUUAUUCUUAAAAUGAAUGAUGAGAUACAAAAAAGAAUUGAUGAAUCUAGCGAAGAUCUAGAAAUUGAAAAGAUUCAGAGUAAAUUUGAAGUCAAACGUGUUGCUAAGAAAAGAAAAAUGGCAGAUUAUGAAAGCAACGAUGAACCAAUUGUAGAAGAAGAAAAAAAAUUUACCAUAGAAAUUUACAACAGAGUGUUGGACACUAUUAUUGAAAGCAUGAAUAAACGUGAAAAUGAAAUAAAAAACAACCUGUCUGAUGAACUUCUUAAUUUUGGAAAAUCAUGGCAUUUUUUAAAAAAAUCUGUUGAUGAGGAAUAUAAUGAACAAUCAUAUGGGAAUGGAAGUGACUCUGAAAAUGAAGAUCUAGAGAGUACAGAUAUUGGGAAACCGUGUAACAAGAGUU